AUGGAUCCUUUUGUUGGUUGGUUUCAAGAGGAACAGGAGGGUCCAGCCUUACGCACAUGGUGUAAAAUUUGGGAAACCAAUGCGCAUGAAAUGAGCCAAUUGCUGGAACAGCAAAAUCAACAGUUACAAUUGCAAUCAUUACAAGGCGGCGGCAAUAAAUUCAACAACGGUGCCAAUUUAACAGCACGCGAUCGUGAUUCCAUACAGCUGCUACUGCAACAGUUUGGUGGCUUGCGCAACAAUAACAACAGCAACAAUCACAAUAACAACAAUAGCAACAACGGCAACGGUAACAAUUCCAGCGGCAACAAUUCAAGCAACACAUCCCUCGAUUCGAAUACCAAUAACGAUAACUCAUCGACCCCAGCCACAACACCUGGUGGUGGAGAAGGAGCCGGCAGCAAAAUGCCCUCACACGAACGUCCCAGCUAUUACAAUCCGUCACGCAGGAAAAUCGGCCGCAUUGUCGACAACAAGGCCAGUACAUAUAAUCUGAACAAGCACAUGGACAAGCUGAUAUCGAAAUACAAGGGUUGUCCGUGGCGUGUGCCCGAUUGUAAUUAUGGGCGUGGUGUUCUCGGCCUGCAUCAGGAAAUUGAACAGUUCUACAAAUAUGUACUGCCAACACCCACCGAACAUGCCAUACGCAACGAGGUGGUACAUCGCAUUGAGGCCGUUGUCCAUUCGAUAUGGCCAUCGGCAGUUGUUGAGAUAUUUGGUUCCUUUCGUACUGGUCUAUUCCUGCCUACCUCUGACAUUGACCUGGUGGUAUUGGGUCUCUGGGAUAAAAUGCCUCUAAGGACAUUGGAAACCGAGCUCAUUGCCCGUGGCAUUGCGGAACCACAUUCGGUGCGUGUACUCGAUAAGGCCUCGGUGCCCAUUAUCAAGCUGACGGAUCGUGAAACCCAGGUCAAAGUGGACAUUUCAUUUAAUAUGCAGUCGGGUGUCCAGUCCGCCGAGCUCAUCAAAAAAUACAAACAAGAAUUUCCGCUGUUAGCGAAAUUGGUGCUAGUUCUGAAACAAUUCUUACUGCAACGUGAUCUCAACGAAGUCUUCACCGGUGGCAUUUCUUCCUAUUCACUGAUCUUGAUGUGCAUUAGCUUUCUGCAGUUGCAUCCGCGUCAAAUCCAUGCCGAGACUGAUAAUCUGGGUGUUUUGCUGUUGGAAUUUUUCGAGCUGUACGGCCGGAAGUUCAACUACAUGAAAAUCGGCAUUUCCAUUAAGAAUGGCGGCCGUUACAUACCCAAAGAAGACUUACAACGUGAUAUGAUCGAUGGCCAUAGACCGUCACUGUUGUGCAUUGAGGAUCCCCUGACGCCGGGCAAUGAUAUUGGCCGGAGUUCGUAUGGGGCGCUGCAGGUUAAACAAGCAUUCGAAUAUGCCUAUUUAAUGCUGUCGCAGGCUGUGAGUCCGCUUAACAAUUGGGCCAAUGACUGUAAUGAGCGUUCAAUAUUGGGACGCAUCAUACGUAUCACCGACGAUGUCAUCGACUAUCGCGAAUGGAUACGAGAACAUUUCGAACAUUUGGUCCUUGCCCGCCACUCUCCUGUAUCAGCACUGGGUGCUCCUCCGCCGGGCACACCGGGCCCCGUGGUGGGGAACACACCCAAAUAUAUGCAAAUACAAAUAUUGCCUUCCACAAUGCUGCCAGCUGGUGCCCUGACGGCGGGUCAACAGCAGCAGAUACACCUUAUACCACAUCUCUACCAUCACCAGCAACAGCAGCAGCAACAACAUCACUCGGCGGCGGCGAUGUCAUCGAUGCGUCAUCGGCGUGCCAGCACCUCGUCCGGUGAUGAUUCCGAAGAUAGCAAAGAAUGUGAUGCCGAUUCCACCUCCGCUAUAAUGACCGGUUUGGUGCAGCAACAGCAACAACAACAGCAUCAACAAAUGGUCCAGAUGCAGACAGCUGGAACGCCGCCGGGCUCCUCAAUGGCCCAGCAACAGUUCACAGUGUCGGCAGCGACAACCAUGCUGAAACAGAUGCAGUUGCAGCAGCAAACCACGCAGCCUCUAACGCCAACAGUAGUAGCAGCAACACCACCACAAACACACACAACUAAUUUUAUAUCUUCGUCGUCAUCAUCAUCAUCGGCCGUAGCCUCGGCCUCAGCUGGGGCCAUGCCAUCAUCACCCACAUUAGCCGUAAAAUCGUUCCAUGAGAUACAUAAUGUACCGUCAGCAGCAGCAACAGGAUCGGCAAUUGUUUCAUCGUCAAGUUCAGAUAUUGUGCAACAACAGCCACUGGUGCCGCCGCCGCAGCAGCAACAGGGCCAUGAAUUUAAGAUGCCUUCUUGUCCAGCUCAACAGCAGCAACAGCAACAUAAGAAAAAUCUUUUAUCACCUUCACCCCCGCGACAACAGCAACAUCAUCAACAACAACCACAACAACAGCCAACCACAAAACAGCACUACUAUCGCCAACAAUUUUAUGUUCCACCUCCCAUGCAGCAACAAUAUCAACAGCAAUAUACCACCACCGGAACAGCAUCUUCGUCGUCAAAUGCAAAAUAUGUUGCCAACGCUAGCAGUAGCAGCAGCAGCAAUACGGCCGUCUCAAGCCAUGCCAACACUAACACAAGUGCUGGUGGUGGCAACAACAACACCAAUAAAACCCGCUAUUCAAAUCAACAACAGCAGCAACAACAACAUCAACGUCUACAGCAACAUGGGCGGCAACAACGCACAUCGUCAUCAUCGGCUGUAACGUCCACAACAACCAACACAUCAUCAUCAGCAGCGGGAGCGACGGCGGGCACAUCGCGUAAUAAUUCCAAUACCGCUACCACCUCCACCACCACACAUGGCAUACUAACAUCGGCCUCAUCGACCAUAUCGAUUAUUUCCAUUUCAUCGGAAUCGUCCGUUUGUACAAUAUCAGAUUCUUCUUCAAAUAAAUCUGGUUCGGAAUCGGAAUCACGUCCAUCCAAUUCGGCAUCGUCGUCGUCAGUGUCGGCAUCGAAUAUUAAAAGCGAACACCAACAUGGUCGUAGUAAUUACAACAAGAAUAGCAACAAUAGUGGCAGCAGUAAUGGUGGCAAUGGUAAGAAGAAAACGAAGAAAGCCAACAAAUCGAAUAAAUGGAAGUAA